CAUCCAUCCUAUCAGACGUGAAAACAUUGCAGCCGAGAGUGGUAGCACUUUCCCCGAGAAGCGAGAAAUGUGAGCUGCACUGGCUCAAGCAAGACUGAGCAAAAAAAAAAAAAACUGAAGUGAAAAAGGGUAGCUCCUGCCCGGAAAAUUUCCGCAAAGCAGGAAAAUCGCGGUUCGGUUGCGGUCAAAAGUGUUCGAUUAGCCAACAGUCGUGCGAAGAUGCAUCAUGUUCAGUGGUAACGUGAGCACGCGGGUGAAAAAGUGCAGCAUCACAGUAGGCGAGCCGUGCGUAGCUAGUGAAAAAAUCUCCUCUCCCCUGUCGAAUGAUUUUUUUUUGUUCUUCUGCUCCGAAGAGGAAAAAAGAGCCCAUCGUCGCAGCAGCAGCAGCAGAAACAGAGGCAACAGCAGCAGCCCUGGUAGUAGUAGUAGUAGUGGAAGCAGAAGCAGAAAGCGAAGACAGCAGCAGAAGCAGAAGCACCUCUGCUUUGCUGAAGAAAAUGUAGCCCGUUUUUGGGUGAAAAAGGGCCGAAAAGUGUGAAAAAGUGUGAAAAUUCGUGAAAGCAGAUAGGUGAAUUGAAAAAUAUGUGUAAUUUCGGUGCAGUGACGGUGCACAAAGUAGUGAACGAUUUACUGAAUCCUCGCAGGCAGGAAUCCGAGGUGGAAAAAUCAAUACUAAUAUAAAAAUUAACAAUGGCGGCUGUUUAGUUCGGGGAGGAGCUUUAAAUCGAAUCCUCACACAUAGAAAUACCUACACAAAACAUGGUGAUAUGAGUAACUUAAACAAAUAAUUUAAUUGAUAUUAAUAGCUAAAAGAAAUCAAGAAUACAACCAAGGCAGCCGGAAACUGGCUACCGCUAAUCCAAAAAAAGUCUAAACGAAAAAAAAAACAAAACAAGUAAACACAAAAAAAACAAAGUCCACGACACAAUAUUAAAAAAAAAAAAACAAAAAACCACUGCGAGCAGCUCUUAGGUUUUUCCCAUUUCUAAAAUGCACAGCAUGUUCAGGCAACCAAGCGAAAUUCAGCGUCAAGUCGAGUCAAGGAUCAAACUGUUAAACGUUUCGCGCAAGCAAGCUUUCGUUUCCAACUGUCGUGAUUAUUUCAACAACAUUCCUGCAUCAUCAUCCAAGUCGUCGUCAUCGCAACAGCAGCACACAAAAGGAUAUCAUUUAGUUAGCGCACCAGUACAAUACUGCUAUGGCAGCAGCAGUAGUAGGAGCAAAACGUUACUGUAUAGGUUGAUUGUUCAAACUUUUUUGGCCUUGCUCUUGAUAGCGGAAUGCUGUGACGCAGCUAAGCAAGAUGCUUUACAGAGCGGCACGGGGUGCACUUUUCCAAAACGAUGGGAGGGACGAUGGUUUCAAUCCGGGGUACAACAGGAAAUUACUAUAGAAGGAUCAACUUUAAGUACUAGAGGAAGAUGUAUCGCUAGUGAUGGAGAUAAAUUUUUAUUAGUGAACGAAAAGGGAUGUCAUCGAUGCGUUGUAAUAUACCAGAAGCAUUUAAACACACUUCAGUAUAAAGAAAGUGAGUGUGAAGAUAUGUACAUAGGCCAGUUGAAUCCAGCGCCAAUGCCUAUUCAUAGCGUUUUAAAAAGUGAUCAUAGUCGGGGGGCUCAUCCCAACAUGAACGGGCAUUCACGGUUAUCGUCAUCGGAUCAGUACUCGUCACGAUCCAAUGAAGAUAGCGACAAUUGUAUGGGAUGCAAGGGACGCGAAACGUUGCACUACCUUUGCGAGCAGAUCCCUGGCGAUGCACUACUCUACAGUAUGUUCAAGAUCAACCCCGAGCCCAUCAAGUGUCCACUGGCGGGAUCCUUCACCUUCACCUACAACCGAGGCCACGGGGAGUGCCGGAGUCCGAUCUCCAAGAUGGACAUGUGCACGGAGGACAGCAGGCUGCUGCUGAACUUCCAGGCGUGUCCGGACGUUGCGGGCACCGAAAGUACCGUGGAGGAACUGACCUGCCUGGCGGGAUGGAAGGAUGGCAACUCCCGAUAUCUGGUUGGGCUGGUAUCGCACCACCACGCCAUUUCCAACGAGGACCGGUAUAGGUGCUUUGUGUACGCGAAGAUCAGCGGAUCGGGUGCACCGAAUGCCGAUGCCGAGUACAAGCUGGCCCAGUCGGGCGAUGCCACCUGUAACGGGUUGGACAGUGCCGAGGUCGGUUCGCGUAUCAUGAGUCUGAAACGGGCGCCGAUGACCGAGCGGUGUGACUUUCCGGCGUGGUUCAAAGGCCCCCGUCAUUGGCACGCGCUGAUGGGCAAUGCGAACUUCAUAUUCCACGCGAGUGACGGAUCGUUGCAUAUCGUGAAGCCAAGUGGCUACAUGGAAGCGCGGGCCCUGUGCGAGCAGAUCAACAAGCAGACGGCCACCGAGAUGAUGGCCGUCGUUCAUCACACGACUGGAUGCACAUCUGGGUACAUGUGUGUAAUGUUCUAUCGACGAGAUACUCACGUAGCGGAGCUACAGAUGGGAACACCCGCAGCUAGGCUAGAGGAUGCGUGUACGACUGAGAAUUUCGACGUGCAUCGGACGCCGUUUGUUACUUUAUUAGCUAAUAACCCCGAGACGCAGAUCUGUCCCAUGGAAGGAUACUACUCAAUUAAAGGUUUCCUCAUUCCUUCGUCGACGAUUUCGCGGCACAAGCGAAACCACAACAACAAGAGCCGGAUGCACCGGCACCGGGAGGUGGUCAGCUUCCGCAACCAGGAAAGUGCGGACGGCUACUACAGCAACCUGGAGAAGCGGAAAGCUUUCUCGCGUAUGAGGCGGACGGCUGCUGCUGCUGCUGCUGCCAAUGUGGCGGCGCAGCCUAGUGAUAAUGUCACACAAGACUUUUACAGUUUAGAAUCAACCCGAGCUCGUAGAGAAACGAUGGGAUGUAAUAUUAAUCACAAUACCAACAGACGUUUAUUCAUAGGAUGUAACGAGAACACUGUAAUAGAAGUUAAGCCAAAAUGUAAAAACGACGAAGAGGAAACGUACACCUGCCACGGUCACUGGCAGGAGAACCAGACGACGUUCAUCAUCGCGAAGCACCUGAGCUCGCAGCAUGGCGUCUGCAUCAGCUACGUGCCAAUCGAGGGAAACCAGGUGCAAGUGUACGUCGGUGAUAGCUGCCAUCGGCCCGGGAUGCAGCAGCAGCAACAUCCCCAGGAUGGUGGCGGCGGUGGUGGCGGUGGCGGCGGUCAGUGGGGCAACGGGGGAGGAUUUGGGUCGGCGGGUGGCACCGGAUCGAUGGGUGGCGGUGGCAAUGGUGCCGGAAUGGGAGGAAGCGCUCCAACCAUGAUUCAUAAGACUAUGGCGAAUGUUACCAUUCUAGGCAAAUGCGGCGAAACAAGCACAUCGAUCACGCUUCACUACCAUUACGGCAAGGGCUGGAUGAUUCUCGCUACAAUAUCGAUACUGCUGUUUAACCUAGCUCUAAGAUGAUCACAUUGAAAAACGCAAUGAAAGGCAUUUGGCGCGAAGCACUCUGAUGGUGGCAACCACUAAAAGAUGAAAGAUCGAUUUUUUGCUACGUCAGAGGCGAACUGAACUAGAAGAAGCUGGAUUUAACUGGACUAGAUCCUACUACAUACAUACAACCAUUCACACAAAACAGAAACACACAAACUGUCAACGGUAAAACCAACCCGAAUGGAAGAACCUAUCAGAACUAUGAUGUACAUCCCCACACUGUACAAAGUGAUUUAGUAAGAGACAAGUAAAGACAAACGUAGAACCCAAAUAAACUUAUGAUUUUUUAUUGUUUUA